AUGACCACUCAAGCUAAAGCUGGAUCUGGGUCAUCAUCUCGAAUGGCUCAUACCUACUCCCACAAUGCAGCAAGUCCAUUGGAAAGAUCUGCAUCUCGUAUAUCCAAUGCAUUAAGUAGGAUUCAAUCUACCGAGGCGUACCCACCACAGGAUAGGGAUCUUGGAGGGACAUCCAAUGAUGAAUCGAUAAUUAUAGAUGAUCAAGAGGGAGAGAAAGAGAAAGAUAUCACUGCCAGUAGUGAUGAUUCACCAUCGAAAGAUAAAGGAAAAGCAAAGGCUUUGAUAAUAGACAUAGAACAUGUUCCUGUAGAGGAUGAUCCUAGAGAUUGGUCAAAUGGUAAAAAAUGGUUUGCUCUGUUGGUAGUCACUGCUGGAUUGCUCGGUCCAGUCAUGGCUGCAAGUAUAUAUAAUCCAGUGAUCAACGAAUUAACAGAACAGUUGAAUGCUAGUGAGGCCGAGACUGGUUUGAGUCUGAGUAUGUAUAUAUUAUUCCAAGGUUGGACACCAGUUGUAUGGGCGAUGAUAUCGGAGCCAGUAUACCUAACUUCGUUCGCGAUAUACAUCGUAGCUCUGAUAGUAGCGUCGCGGGCCAAUUCUAUGCCGCUGUUGAUCGUCAUGAGAGCAUUACAAGCCACCGGUUCAGGGGCUGUGACGGCGUUGGGAGCGGGUAGUCUGGCAGAUAUGUACGAAAUGCACGAGAGGGGUACGAAGAUGGGUUUAUACUAUGGACUUCCCAUGCUUGGACCAGGUGUGGCACCCUUACUAGGAGGAGCAUUAGGUCAAGCAUUCGGCUGGAGAAGUGUAUUUUAUUUUUUGGCCGCUUAUGCGGGAGUAAUGAUGGUUGCCUUCGUAUUCUUCCCUGAUUCAUGGAGAAGAGAGAGAUCUAGAGUAUAUCAAAAAGCAUUAUCUAACGCGACUAAACGAGCCGAAGCGCAAAUGGUUAAAAAACAACUUCGUAUAGAAAAGAAACAACGAAAAGCAAGAUUGGCUAAACCUUCAGAUCAACUUGAAGAUAUACCUGAUGUACAUACACCGGUGGAAUCCAGAAGACCGAGUCAAGAAGAUAUCAUGCUACCUACUCAGCCCGUAGAGGUGGAUGUGGAGAAACAACCUGGUUUUACUCGUCAAGGCGAGAUCAAAGUGAAAGCCAAGCGAACAUGGUAUGGCAAGAAGAUAUUGAAGGAGCAGAACGAAACGGUCAAAUUAAGUUUCAGAGAUCUGAAUCCUCUACCUACUAUGAUUAGCGUGGUGAGGAAACCUGCCAAUUCAGUUUUGUUGACUGCAUCAGGUAUCUUGUUUGCCGCUCAAUAUACGAUAGUAUACACAGCCUCGAUAACGCUAGGCGACGCACCGUAUAAUUACAACUCGCUUAUAAUCGGUUUGGUCCUCUUGGCAUUUGGGAUAGGGAAUAUCAUGGCUAGUAUACUGGGAGGAAGAUACAGUGAUAUGGUUUUGAGGAGGCUGAAGAAGAAGAGUGGGGGUGUGAUGGUUGCCGAGAUGCGUCUCAAAGCCACUUUCGUAGCUAUGCCUUUCCUAGUUUUAGGUGUACUGGCCUACGCUUGGACGGCAGAGGAGAAGGUUCAUAUAGCUGGUAUAGUCGUUUGUCUCGUCAUAUCUGGAUUCGCAUUGUUAUGGAUAUACUCUUCAACAUUAGCUUAUCUGGUGGAUGCCAACCCCGGUAUAUCCUCUUCGGCGGUAUCCUUGAAUUCAUUGUUUAGAGGUGUCAUGGCAUGUAUCAUGUCCCAGAUUGCCGUUCCCAUACGAAAUGGAAUAGGUGACGGAGGGCUGUAUACUCUCUUUGCUGGGUUGUUGGCAUUGAGUUGUGCGGGGUUAAUAUUACUUGCUUAUAAAGGUGAAAAGUGGAGAUCGCCUGAUCAUAAGUCAUCUCCGAAAAAGGAUGUUGAGAAGUCGUGA